AUGGGGAAGUAUAUGGAGUUAUUGGAUGCUGGGGUGAGAAUCGCGGCAAGAUUUCAUUCUCACUGCCCACAUACUGCUCGUUUGUAUUACCAUCCUCCGGCUAGCCACCACGAAGAUCAGCACCACCAGGAUCACCAUGGUGGCGCUCACGCGGUGGUUCAAGAUCCAACACGGAUGGAGAUUUCCAGUUGCGCUGUCAAGGCGGUCAGGGCGCUUGAUACUUCAGAUCAGCUUAUUUUUUUUUCCGUUGUAUGA